UACCUGCUGGACUCUUUGGGGAUCAGAAACAGAACCCAGUUUUGAGAUUUAAUAUGGGAUCGUCUGAAUCAAAAGGGCGGCCAGCACCUACAGAGCGGUCAACACCUACAGAACGUCCAGCACCUACAGAGCGGCCAGCACCUACAGACCCUCCUCCUCUUUUGAGCAAACCUUGGAGGUCACACAUUAAAUGGACUCCAGAGGAAAGAAACCAGCUAUUGGAAAACUUGUAUAGCUUUAAAGUGAAAGGUGGGAUACCGUACCUAAACUGUUUGUUGCUAGGACAAGCGGCGUCUGGUAAAACAUCGUUUUUUAAUACGAGUGCUACAGCAUUGAAUGACGAAGGUAGAAUAAUAAAUCCUUUAACUGUCUACAAAUCCAGUGGGUCGAGCGUUACUACAAAGUUUGAAACACAUCCUCUCUACACCAAGAAAGACGAAGCUUUAAAACUACGGAUAUUUGAUUGCCGUGGACUUCAUGAUAAAGAGGAGAUCAAAGCUGAAGAUAUUCGCCUUAUUGUCGACGGCCAUAUCAAACACGGAUAUACAAUCAAUCCAGUGAAAUCAAUCAGCCGCAGUGAUCCUCUUUACCGGGAGAAUCCAAGACUGGAUGAUAUGAUGCAUUGUGUUGUGUACGUAAUAAACGCAGAGAAUCCAGGAACAGCGCUAGUAGGUGUAGCUGCGGAAAAGAUAUUUGACGACAUCAGAAAUAAACUUGGAGAACGGCAUGUUCCACAAGUUGUUCUGAUGAACAAAGUGGACCGACUUCGAGCUUCUCUAGGUGAUGACAUAUCAGACAUAUUUCGAAGCGUGGAAGUUAAAAAGAAACUCGACGUUGUCGCCAAUUUUAUGAAUCUUACAGAUAGGAACGUCUUACCUAUGUCCAAUUACCACAACGAUCAAGUACCAAACACAAACAAAGAUAUACUGGCACUGACGAAUUUAAAAACCAUUAUGGACUAUGCUAAUGAUUUUGUUCAUAAUGCAAGUGAUACAAGCGCUCCAUCCGGUUUCUACGACUGAUGUAAUCACCUGACAAGUGAAUGAAUGACUGCAGUCACUGCACAUUUUGGGAUUGUCAUGUAUAAUUUCCGUUUUCAUUUACACGUACUGCGUAUGUAAUAAAAUGAUUUGUAAUAUUUGAA